AUGAUGACUUCGUCAUUCCCGUUGAUGUCGUUCCCCGAAGAGAUUAUCGAAAACAUAUGCCGACAACUGGCCAACUAUCCACGAUCACGCUAUAGCCCAAAGCCUCUGUCUAACCUCUGCCAAGCAUCAAAGACUCUCUAUCGCAUCGGCACACCUGUACUUUAUUCUUGCUUCGAUUCCAGCGAGCGCUUCAAGAAACUUUCCGAUUUCCUUCGAACCAUUGCCCUGCGCCCUGAACUUGGCGCGCUGGUACAGGACUUAUAUCUUAACGCGUUUUACUGGACCGAAUUCGACAAGAGUCACACCGAAGCCUUUGAGCUUGCGACAAAAAGGCUGGGCGUAAGUCUCGAUGGCUGGAUGGAAAACAACCCGUGGGAGGCCAUAUCGCAGCUCGUCAUCGCCUACACGCCGAAUGUGAGGUCCAUGGAAGUCAUAGCGCACGAGGUUUACUGUGAUGAGGGCGUUGGGGCUUUCACACUGCUUGAGCAAAUGGCCGCUCAGGUUCCUAGACAAGUCUCACUACCGCAUCUGCGUCGACUCCGCGUGGGCCAUGACGACUGCCGGCAGAUAUCUCUCGGAUACUUUGGGGGGAUUCUUGAGCUUGCACCUGGUGUAACAGAGAUUACGGGCGACCCAAUCUAUGGCUUCCAUUGCAACGAGAAGAAUGUGAAUGAUCGUAUAAUUCUCGACAAUGUAACCCGUUUAUAUCUCAAGGGUGGUCACAUAUCCAGGAGGCAACUAAAUGAGAUAGUCUCGCGCUGCCAAGCCCUGGAGUACUUCAAGUACACAUAUCACUCUAUCUACGCAGGCCUUGGCGAAGAUUGUGUGACUCCAAGAGAAAUCAUCGAUAUGCUGAGGGAGCACAACCACAACGACACUCUCCGCUCAGUCUACAUUGAUCUAGGAUUUCGGGAAAGAGCGGCCACCGACACCUUGUCCUUUUCUGGCUUAUGCAGUGAUGGUGACCAAAUCCUGUCUCUCAAAGAUUUCACACGACUCAAGAAUUUCCAUGUCGAUGGCAGCUCAGUCCUAUUUCCAGCUGUCCAGGCGCCAGACUACCGCACCGAUAUCCUGAUCAACAUGUUACCUGGUUCUAUACGUCGCUUUCAACUUACCAACACGCAAGGAGAAUCUGUCGCAAAUAUGAUGACUUUGGCAACAUCGCUUACUGACUUCCCGCUCCUUAAAGAGAUAUUUUUGACGGGAAAUAGCACAAACGGGCCACUGGGCGAUGUGGAAGUGGAGUUGGAUGAAUCGGAGAUGAGCCUGCUGCGCAAAGUUCUAGAUGAUAAUGGGAUACGACUCGAAGAUGCGUGGAGCGACGAUGAGUCUGAUGAACUAUGA